UGUUUGGCUCUGGGCUUCAGGUUGAUAGACAAUCAUCAUCUAAUACAGCAAAUGUUUACGUUCCAUCCUCCUCCUCCACCCACACACGGUGAAGGUUAUCCUUAUGGUCCACCACCCUUUUUCGGUACAUGGAAAAACCCAAUUGGAAUGGGAGUUAAAAAAAAAAAGUCCAAGGGCAAAGGACUUCUUCCAGGAAAAAAUAGCCCAUUCAACUCAAUUCCAAUAUUAGGAACAAUUUUAUAAUUAAGCCACUAUCCAACUUUGACCUCAUGGAUUGGGUAAAGAAACUUGGUAUUAAGCAUUUCAGAGGAAUAUAUAGCCGCGAUGGACUACCACAUAAAAUUAGAAAAGAAUGCAGAAUAAUCAAUCUCGAUGAUACUCAAGGAUCUGGAACACACUGGGUUUGUUAUAGAAAUGUAGAUUCAGUGGUUGAGUACUUCGAUCCAUUUGGUUUGAUAAUGCCAAAUGAAGCACUGGUGUAUUUUCAUACUUGUGGAAAACGCAUAGUUUACUCAAUGGAUGAAAUACAAAAUCGCAAUACUGUUCUCUGUGGUUAUUGGUGUUUAUAUUAUCUGUUUGAGCGACAAAAAGGUACUAGUAUUCUAGAUGUAAUACAUAACCCACAUUUUGAUAAUGACAACAGUGAUUUUAUAAAAGAGUAUUUUGGAGGAUAA